AUGAAUGCGUUCAAUACUUCACAUCUCAGUCGGAAUUUUGAGGCACAAUUGCAGAGAGCGUGGACUGCAGAAGACUUGAUAGCACCCAAUUAUUUAGUGGCUAAACACGUGUCCACAACCACUGACUACGAGACCCAACAGUUGUUGGUUUGGCUCAUGAAGCGAUUCAAACCUAAAUGUAUGCUAGAGUUGGGCUCUUGGGUGGGAUUUAGCGCUCUUUUGAUGGCAAUCUCUGCCAAAACAUAUCAGUCCUCACAUUAUAAAUCCAAGAUUUAUGCGCGCGAUUCAUACGUGUGGCAAAAAUGGAUGUAUAAUUUUGUGAUCGCAAAGAAUGUGAUGGCAAACGGGUACUCAUUUUUACCCCGAUUUGAGUUUAAUGUGGAACCGCUGCGUGAAUUCAUCGAACCUGUGGAUUCAUUUGGUCCCAAAUCAAAUCCCUGGAAAGACUUUUGUCUUAGUCAAUGGAUUGGCCGUUACAUCGAUUACGUUCUUCAGUCGAUACAUCCCGACGUUUCCAUACAAGAACUUCUGACGAAUAUUCAAUUGAAACCAAAAUUCAAUUUCCAAACGCCUCCCGAUUGGGGCCAUCACUACAAGAAUGCUUUCAACGCUUCCAUCGAUUUAUUGCGACAAGAAUUUCAUGACAAGAACUUAAGCAUUCGGUUCAUACCAGCAGUUGAAGAGACUCUUUGCGAUAAUCCGGAAGUAUUGAGAAAUAAUGAAUUGAUUGGUGUAAUACAUAUGACACAAGAAUAUCCACAACUGUUUUACACACUAGACCUGAAACGGUUGUGCAAUCAUAACCUGAAACUUGAUUACAAAAUACCGAUUCAAACAUUGAUCUAUCCCUUUGUUGAGCCACAAGUGAUGAAAGACUCAAUUGUUUUGGAUUUAUUGCGGGACAAGAAGUCAGUGGAUCUGAUUCUGAUCGGAGUCAACGAUUUGUCGACAGAAGAUCAGUUGAGUUGCGAUUAUCCGAAAGACAUUGAAGUGAAGACACGAUUGUCUGACGAGAAAUACGAGCACCAGUUGUACCGUUCGGUGCCAUUCCUGACCCUCCUAUACAACGGCGCCGCAAAUACACUGAUCCUCUACUCUUGUACUGAAUAUAUCGACUAUCCUCUUCUCUAUUCCGCAGACGAAAAUGAUUUCACUAAACUUUUGACUGAAGAUUGCAUUCAAUCGGCGAUUAAUUAUCUGAAAAAUACGAAUAAAUAUUGCUUUAGAAGCGAUUACUUCUUGGAAUCGGUAAAGAAUGAUCCGAUUGAGUUGAUCCACUCGUUGGCUAUUUUGGAGUCUAUAGUGAUAUCGACCGCUAAGUUCAACGUCUUGGUGGAGGCGGAGGUGACGCUACCGAACCUGAUAUAUCUGGUGUCACAGAAUCAACACAAUCAGGAGAUUCAACAGACCUCCAUAGCACUGAUCAACGCCUUGUUCUCGAAGUCGGAUCUAUCGAAACGUAAAGCAAUGGCCGCCACUCUGUCCGGCAAACACAUCCGUAACGUCAUUCUGACCACUGUAUUGAACCCGAGGGUCGCUGUGGGCAACGACUCCAGCGGUCAGACCUAUAAUGUAGGGUCAGAGAUGGCCCACCAGUUGUAUGUAUUGCAGACAUUGCUCUUCAAUCUACACGAAGAGCGCAUGAAUUUAGUGGUCAACUCAGGCAACGAACAGGACGUGAAAGAGCGCGUACAGGAGCUCCGGAAGAUUGCCUUCGACUCAGACAUCGGCGUCGAACGGAACCAGUCGUCCAAAUCUUUGGUCUCGUCGUCACUGAUCUCGUCGACCAAAGGCGACGCCUUUCAGGACGACUACAAGAGGCUCGGCUUCACGAACGGCAAAGACCCGGUCCAAGACUUUACCGAAUCGCCCGGUGUUCUGGCUCUGGAUCUACUCGUGUAUUUGGCCCGCAAUCACACAGACACUUAUGUGAAGUUUGUUCUGGAGAACUGUUCCCGCAGUGAUCGCGAACACGAGUGUCCACUCGUCAAGUCUACCGUACAUUUGGGCCGAUUGUUGUGCGAAAUACUGAAGGUAUCGGAAGCGCCGAGUGAUGAGGGAAAGACAUUUUACCCGAUGUUCUUCACACACGACCACCCGUUGGAAGAGUUCUAUUGCACUGCGGUAUCGCUGCUGAACAAGACCUGGAAGGAGAUGAGGGCCACAGUCGAGGACAUUGUCAAAGUGUUUAGUGUUUUGCGCCAACAGUUGAUCCGAGCGAUGGCCGACUCCGAGGCGACCGUCAGUUUCGACAAAUUGCGGCUCAAAUUGGCGUCAUUUUCGUAUUCAGUGAUCACUAAGUGGCUUCCGACCCGUUUUGACAAGUAUUCCAAUAAAGUUUCUGUUCAAGACCAUGACGGCCGACAGUUGGUUAGUCUUCAAGAACACAAUGCCGCUAACGCUGCUCUUAGCCCACGAAAGCCACCUGCUCAACUGGGUGUUCAAACGACACUAACUGUACCGUUUCUGACAGGCGUGUACUUAGACAUGAAGACGUCGAAGAAGUCCACGUUUUCGUUGGCCUUUUCGCUGAUACCCGACGCCGAAGAGGAGUCGCCCUUGAAUUUUGUGGCCAAAAACGAGAAGGUCUUUGACUAUUGGAUUGACGCCAUUAACGGACUGUUGGGUCAGGAGAUGACCAGCAAAGAGACCAACAAUGACUUGGAAACACUCCUAUCGAUGGACAUUAAGAUACGAUUACUCGACACCGAAGGCGUAACGAUUCCCGAACGCCCCCCAGAGAUACCCCCUUCGCCUCCCAAUUAUGACUUCAAUGCAAACGAGAAUCUGAUCCACGCGUUGAUCCGAAAAGCGGUCCAAAACCGUUACAUUCAUUACACGUAUCGUACGAUUGGUGUGAAUAUUGAUGUGAAACAGAUUGUGAUGGACUCCACACAAGACUUGACAAACAUUCAUGUUAUUCUCAGAGAGUGUGGAAAGCAUUCCUCCAUUUAA